CGUUCUAGCGCGAGUACCCUUUUCUUUACGAGCUAUUUCGAUUCUCGAUCCUGUCGACAAUUUACUUCGACAAGCGGUGAAUUCUAUCGGAUUCAGUGUUUGGGUAUUGGCCAUCUGCACGAUAGUCCACCGCAAGGGAAUACUGGAAUGUUGCCAAACGGCAACAUGAUGCAUUAACCCUUUUGCUACGAUGGAAUUUCCUGCAGGUACUCGCCAGCAAACAAGAUUGCCAGUCAUGAGUAUACGUUUGCCGCAAUUAUUAUGAAAUCACCUCUUUAAUAAAGUAAAAUGAAACAGAAAAGGCAAGUGACAUUCUUAGCGGAGAAACAUGCCCGUAUAAAUAGUUGGAAUAGUUGAUGUAUUCUCAAAUUUUCCGACUGUUUUAUCAGAAGACGCUAUUGAGUCCCAAGAUCGAGGGACGAAAAAUCAGCAAAAAAUCCAGUCGAAUACAAAUCACUUUAUUCCGCCCUCCUUAAUCUAUCUUUUAAUCAUCGAGGUAUUGUUAAGCAUUUCCGUGGCGUGUCCUUGAAAUCGGAGAGACGAUGCUAAAUUGUUACAACGACGACGGUAACGACGUCGUCUAUAAGGAUGUGGUCGUUAUAGGAAAUGGACCCAGUGGGAUAUGCCUUUCUUACUUGCUCGCUGGAAAUUGGCCGUAUUACACCGGCGAGCCGCAUCCCGGCGACGAGAUGCUCACGGCGAGGUUGCACUUCAGCACGAGAUCGGGGAACGAGGAGUGCUGUAACGCGACCGCGGACGAAAAAAUGAGAAACGGGACGGGCAACCGAUGGCAACAGCAACAGAACAGACCGGAACGAUGCGAGACAAAGAGCCAGGGGAGAGGAUUGGCGCGCAGCACGCGUUGCAAACUCGAAUGCCUCUCUUCCGGGUUGGAGGGCAGAAUCGGCGGUCGACCUUUGGCUGUUCUCAUGGAUCAACUUCAGCAUCCUUGCGUGGACGCCGGCCUCGAUCUGCCGUCUCUGCUUACGUGGAAGUCCCUCGAACAGCAUCCCGAGCACAAGGUGAUCGAUCACGUGGUGCUCGGGAAAGGUCAACCUGGCGGUGCCUGGCAGACCAUGGAUCCGAACGUGUUGACCAUCAGUCUGAAUCGGUGGAUGUCGUUUCCCGAUUUGGAAAUACGGGAAUGGGAGAAGCUGAUAGAGUCCGAGCAACAUCGGCUGGCGAGUUCGACGGAUGAUGGACCGUUUCAGGAGAAACUGAACGCAAGCAAAACGCCCAGUAGAAUUUCCGUGGGCACAGUGGCCGCCUAUUACAAAGAUUACGUGCGAAGAAAAGGAUUGGAACAGUACUUUCAAUGUGGGACCACAGUCACCUCGGUUAGGCCAGUCCGUGUCUCGAACGUCGAUGAGGCUGACAAUCGUUACGGAUGGAUGGUAGAGGGAUUCGAGAACAAUGCCGGAAAGCUGUUCAGAUAUCGAUGCAAACGAGUCGUUCUUGCCACGGGAACGACCGAUUUGUCCAACCGAUUGGGAAUACCGGGAGACGAUUCACGGCCAGAUUGGGUGACGCACGACCUGAACGACCUGGAAUCGAGAUUAGAUCGUCUGGUCGAUCAGCAUCACGACGAAGAACAACCUGUCGAUCCCGUCUUGGUGAUCGGUUCUGGGUUAAGUGCAGCAGACGCGAUAAUAGCGGCGCGUUUUCGAGGCAUCAUACCCGUGUUGCACGCGUUCCGGGACUCGUCGACCGAAUGGAGCAAAUCGAAUACAGAAAGAAUACAUAACAAGUACGAUAGGUUGCAGGGGCUUCCCAGUUCUAUGUAUCCCGAGUACCAUAAGGUUUACGAGAUGAUGGCCGACGGGGGUACCAAUUACCCUCUCUACAAAGCGUUAAAAGGAUAUACGCUCGUCGGGUUCGGCGAGAACAGGGACGACAGCAUGGACGUCGAUGAGUCCCAGAGGCGAAUGGUCACGCUUUUAGCCCCGGAUGGACAGCUAAAGACGUUUCGCGUCUCUGUCGUGGCUAUACUCAUAGGGUAUAAGCCUGACCUGUCCUAUGUGGAAGCCGAUGGUAUCGGUCUCGGUAAAUUCCCAGACAAACCUAUAGACGGUAAAUCGAAUCCGAUCGAGGUCGAUGAUUUUACGUACGAGGUGACUAAAGCACCGAGAACCGGCCUGUAUGCCCUGGGCCCUUUGGUCGGUGAUAACUUUGUGCGUUACCUGCUAGGCGGAGCCUUCGGGAUCUUGGCCCAUAUUUUGAACACCUCCGCCACUUGAGCCUCACUUUCCAACUGUACGAUGUAAAUAAGCGUAAUUUUUCGGUCACGAUUGUUGCGCGUUUAUAAAUUGUCGAUGGCGGUGAAACGUGCAACGCCCUAAAACGGAUUAUGCACCACGAGGUAUGUCGUAGUUCAAACAUCAAUCGUAUACAGCCUUUUUUUACAUUUUUUUUACAUUUACACGAAGAUGUUCGCGUUGCUUUGGGGGAAACGAUUGCCCGACAUUUCCACGUAACUGUACUAGUUUCAGGCUUAAAUUCAAAACGAAAGGGACAAAAUUCUAGCAAUGGUACAAUAAAAUUAGCAUUUCACUGCAUUCCAUUUGUUCGAAUUACAUCGCGAACACGUUAAAAUUGUUACCAGAUCUUUUACCAGAGGGUCUUUUUAUCUUUCGAUUUUGUCCAUCGAUGCUCGAUUUGUAACUUGUAGCGUAAGGAUCGUAAAAGAACACGAUUUAUACGUCGCACACGCGUGCUGAUAAAAUGUAUAGAUGUAUUUGUAUAUAAAUGUGCAAAUUGUAUAUAAAUAAAUAUGUGCAAACAAAAAAAUAUCAUCUAUACUUCGUGAGGAUAGUAUUUGUUUACGUAACGUGUUUGUUAGGCGAACGAGGUUAAAUAAAUUACGUAGAUAAUGUUUAUAAUGUACGUAUCGUUCAAUCUUAAGAUAAAAAGCGAAUGUUCGAACAAAAUUUAUCACGUAUCGUAUCGUUAAGUAUUAUAGAAAUGAAAUUACACGCUGCUUAGACCAAAAUGUUAAUCUUGCCAUUUGUUGGGACACUUGUCAGUCGUUCAUCCAAGAUAUUUACGUUUGUAUUAAACGAAAUUAUAACGUUUAUAUCGUGCGUUUGCUGAAAUAUAAUUCUUUUAUUAGAGAAAGAAUAACAUUACAUAGAAGUAUUAAGCCUGACUACAAAUGCUUUCUAAAACAGUGAAAUGACUAAAAUUGUAUAUAAUUUAUCCACAGGUAUUCUUUGUAUUCACUUCAUAAAUUUGGUUUUACAUAUGAACACGUUAGAUCUCUCUUCCUCUCCCAUUCGUCGGGGAAUAAGAGCUCAUGUAUAAGUUCUAUUCGCGUAAUUAGGUUUCUAGUAUAAAUAUAUGUUACAAUCAAUCUAAACUUAAAAAUACAAUUAAAUACGACGUGUACGAUAACGAAAGAAACGAUACCCACGUUCGUCUCAUUCUUAACUGGAAUGACUUUGAUUAACAACAGCAGAACAGUUUCUAUUGUCAGCUAGAUAAAAAAACAUUUAACGUAAUUUUCAAAAUCUUGCAGACAGAGAUUUCUUAUGGUGAAUUCACAUCUUUUGAAAAAUUAUACUUUCAUGAGAAAUUCGUUACACUUCCGAGUUAUGCCGUAUUACUUUUAAAAAUAACAUUCACUGUAUCACAAAACAUUAAUGUAUGAUUAAUGUAUUUGAGUCCAUCAUAUUGAUGAGACAAUAACGUUUAAUAGUGCAGCAACUAUUCUCCCGUUUAUCUCACUUAUUUACGAUACUUGUGAAUUCUCGUCAAAAAAUAAUUAUUUACCGCGCUGAAUGUGUGUUGUAAAUACGUUUCCCUUCAAGAAACAUCGAUGGAUAACAACUGUU